CGCUGACAGUUAGUGAACAUAAAGUUGUUGUAAAUUUUGCGCAUUUAAACCGGAAACACCCGUCUAUAAUUAUGAACGGCAAUUAGCUGAGACAAAUGAACAAAAUGCGCACAGCUUUUCGUAUUCGACCUACUUUAAUGCACAUGUGACUAAAAGGUCUGUCAAAUUCGGCUGGACCAAAACCCCAAACGUAUUUUGUAUUAUUCAUGUGUGUGACGAGUGUUUAAUUUUGACAGAGUAGUCCGGAUCGUGUAGCGAGGUGCACAUGUGUUGGCACCGGCGGAGGAGGAUGCUCGCCGCAGACAGCCCGACACGAGCGGGAGUCAAGCACUACAGCACCGCGCCGUGUACCGAGAGAAGCGGCCAGCCAAACUAAUCAGCAGACCCGUCCAGCGAACAGGCAUCAAUCGCUUUUAUGAGCAAAACCGAUCAAUCAGGUCGCGGUUAACCUUCGGAAAAACGCGGAAGUGUAAUUCACCGUCAGCGCUGUUUUGACUUAUUAUCCGUGACAACAUGGCUGAUUGUAAUGUUAGCAUUGACCAGAAAAACCUGCCUGGAGUCAAAGAGGUGUGCCGUGACUUUGCUGUGCUUGAGGACCACAGCCUGGCGUACAACCUCCAAGAACAAGAAAUUGAGAGCCACUUGGCUUCGAACGUCCAUAAGAGCCGUCUGGUGCAGCAAGACCUGCAGGUGGCCAAGAGACUCCAAGAGGAAGAGGAUCUAAGAGCAAAAGCUCAGAGCAGGAGGCUGCAAACUGAUAUUGAGCGUCAAGACACUGAAAUCGCCCAUGAGAUUCAGGAAGAACUGGUCCGACAGGCCGAGCAGCAGCGUCAGCAAGAAGAGAAGGAUGCUGCCAUAGCUCGCAAACUCCAUGAGAAAGAGAUGAAAGAGGAGAGGAAGAGGCAGAAGCAGCUGGAAACUAACUUUGAUGAUGAAUACGUUGAGGAUCAAGGAGUGAGAAGGCCUCUGGACUUGGACAAACCAAUUAUGCAAAGGUCACUUUCUCCCAUUGCUCCACUGAGUCCACAUCGAGAUUACUCUCCAGAAUACAGCUCCACUGAGCCCAAACGUAGCAGGUACCCCAAAAGAGACCCAGCAGCCCCCCACAGCCGCUCCAGGUACCCAGAGCACUCCCUAGAGGCUGAGAGCAGUCGGGGCAGACACGCAGACCCCUAUCCUGAGCACCUGCUGUCCCCCAGAGGCAAACAUGGAGAACGAUAUCCAGACUAUGGGUCUCCUACAGAGACAGGGCGGCGCCACACAGUGGACAGCGAAAGAGUGGUGAGGAGAAAGGAGAGACCAGCGAGACCUCCUCCUCCUCACACAUCCAGGGAAAGGGACAAGAGCUGGGAGCAGGACAGGUACGACAGAUAUGACGAGUAUGACAGGCAUCACAGCAGAGGGCGCCAGGAGGUUCCGAGUUACAGCAGAGACGGGGAGCGCUCCCGAGACAGAGGCUUCAGUGCUGAUCGCCUUCAGGACAAAGAGCGCCACAGGCACAAAGACCCUCACAGGGCCCGGACUCGCAGCAGGGACAGAGUCCUGGAUGAAGACUACUAUGAUACCAGUCCAGGUCCCAGCUGGGACUGGCCCCGGAGGGACCGGCCAUCCUGGGAGGAAGAAGAGGAGGAGCAGAACAGGAGAGGAAGAGGCCGGCGGAGGGUAGAGUCAAACCCUGAUGAUGUGUUCAUGGAGCAUAAUGAAAGAGGCAGAAAGGAGACCAGAGAGCUCUGGGAGGGUCCCAUCAGAGAAAGGGGGCAGCCAAACGCAGAGACAGGCCGUGUUUUGCACAAAGGCAGUGGAGAGGUGGUGGCAGAGACUGAUUACAAGCUGACAGAAGCCACAAAAGGACUGACCAAACUGGGCAUCCAUGAGCAGGAGCUGAAAGACCGAGAGGUGGCCAGGAAACUCCAGGAGGAAGAGCUCAAGACAAAUAGUACGAUUUCACGUGCUGCUCAAGUUGCACAGGAUGAAGAGAUUGCUCGCCUGCUAAUGGAACAAGAGAAGAAAGAGUACAAGAAACAGCGCGAGAGAGAGAAAGAGAGACAGCGAGAGAAGGAGAGAGAAAGAGACAGAAAUGCAGCAGAGAGGAAGAGACACGAAGCAGAGUAUCGGCCAAAUUCAGAGGAAGUAGUUCGACCAAGAACACGGGACGAGUAUGAAUACCAGAGACAGAAGAACCACAACAAACCUGCCAGGCCUCCUCAGCCCCGACCGCACGAGUAUGCUAACGUAAACCCAGCGUACAGCUAUCCAGACCAGCCCCUCCCCCCUCGGGGCCCCUCCAGACCUGAGCCUACGUCCAGAGGUGCCUAUUACAAGCGGUGACUCAGGCUCUUGUCCAGACAUACCGUCAGUUCUGUCCCUUAUUGUAUUCAUCAGUUUCCUCUCCAUCUCUUCACACACUUGACCAAAAGCCUAGGGACAAUCUCACGUGGUGGCAUUGAGACAUUUGUUUUCAUCAAAACUAGAAUCAAAUCAAGGGGUCUGUGUGUGAUGGUACAUUCUUUUCUUUGUGCAUUUUAUAAAAAUAAAUGUUACAUUUUUAUGCAGGACUGAAUGAGGCAUCAGUAACUACACUUCCGCCAUUCCUUUGUGUCAAGUAUUUAUUUGUUUAUUUAGUUUUCUAUUUCAUGGGAUGUGCCUCUUUUCUCCAACAUGGCUGCCUUGUUGUCUUAACAACUGGCAGCUCCCUGUACAGGCCAUAACCAUGUGCCAUUCAGUCCACUUGGAUAGACAGUCUCUCAUAGAACAGUUUGAUUUUAAGGUGCUGGCUGUGUAGGCCUUGACCAGUGCUGGAAUGUGGGGCAUUACAAAGAUCAUCGAUCUGUGGGGGCUCUGUCUGUUUGUAUGUGCAUGCUUACUGAAACUGUACAACUGUGUACAUGCAUUUCAGCUCUGUUAAAGCUCUGUUUAUUAUUAUUAUAUACAAAGGGCUAUAGCCACAAAAGCCAAUAGUCUUAACUUGAAUGGAAAAUAUACUUUAUCUACUAUACUUCUGUUUUGCUAUUACUUCAUAUCGUUCUGUUGUUUACAAACCAAAUCCAGUUUCUAUUUACACCAGUACAAAGUGGGAUGCAUGUACAUGACCAUGUGAAAUCAGUUUGUGCCAAAGGCAUAAAUGCAAUGGAGUAGUAGAUCAUGUAUUAUUUAAAUGUAAAUAUCAAAUUAUGUUUUAUUCAUGUCUUUUAAUAUAAAUGAUAUUAUUUUGAUUUUAGUAAUAUAUAGUCUUUUUAUUUGGUUGGUCUUCCUAAAAAGUUCCCUCCAACUUUACUUUUGUUUCUUUUCUUUGUUACAAGUAGGGUUUUACUUCCUGCCUGCUGAGAAAACAAACAUUUGCACAAUAGGGAUAAACAGGGAAGUCAGUCCGGGAUAAGGCAGAAAAGGAGUAAAAAAAAAAAAUGUCUGGUUUAUUGUAGGAUUUUCUGUUCAUAUUGAAUAUAAAAUUGAAUUGGAGUUCAGAGCUCUUGUAUUUACUGACACUGAGCGGUCUUACAGAAGUGAAAUGAAUACAUGUGGAUGAAUGGUCUGUACUUUUGGCCUGGCCCAUAGUAAUAUGUAUGCCCUGGAGAUGUGCUGGUGUUUUAUACUGUAUGUGCUAAAUGCUGUUGAAUUCACGGGUUGUGCCAUAGCUUCAUUCAGGGACAGGUGUACAUUGUUGUGGCUGUAGCAGAGCUGCCAGAGUGCUCUUUUUUUGUUAGAGCGUCACCUAGUGGACACUGUUGAUCUAAGCUGUAAAUUGUGCAUCGGAUGUGAGUUGUCAAUGAAAGACAAAGUGUUAUGAACAUUUUUAUCCAGAGCUUGUAUGCAAUUUCUACCAUGAACUAUAACAUGAUUGAACAAAGUGUCACAUUCUCAAACUAGAGUUUAGUGAAAGGAAUUCAGUCUCUUGCAUCUCAACAUUCAGUAUAAUAAAUUGUAACUGCAUUUA